CCGGAGACAAGUAAAAAUCUCGCCGGUCUUCUCACAGACCACAAACAUUGCGCUUGCUGCCCAGCUAUAAGUACUCGCCGGACUAGGCGGCCAACUCAUCCCAUCCCAUUUCAUCCAUCUCGGAGCAGAGGCAACGCAAUCCGGCAAAAAGGCGCUUCUUUCUUGCCCUGUUCGGGACAGGACACAGACACAGAGCCAGGAGAAGGAACCGCCGGAGGCUAAGCUUCUUCGUCGUCUUUCCUGGGCGCGCUCAAGUGGCGAUGGCAUUUGCGGUCUCCGACGAGCUGCUGGGCACCUUCGUGCCGAUUGCGGUGUACUGGCUCUACUCGGGGCUCUACGUCGUCCUGGACGGGCUCGGGAUGGACGACUACAGGCUCCAUCCCAAGGGGGAGGAGGAGGCCAAGAACAUCGUUUCCAGGUCGACGGUCGUCAGGGGCGUCCUUGUUCAGCAGGCGUUUCAAAUCGCUGUCUCCCUUCUUCUCUUCACGGUUCUUGGUGAUGAGAAUGGGGCUGUGAGGAAGCAACCUCCGGCUCUGGUAUUGGCGUUGCAAUUUAUCGUUGCAAUGUUUGUCAUGGACACAUGGCAGUAUUUCAUGCACAGAUACAUGCACAUCAACAAGUUCUUGUACAAGCACGUCCACUCUAAGCACCACACUCUUGUCGUCCCCUACGCUUUUGGAGCUCUGUACAACCACCCCCUGGAGGGACUCAUCCUGGACACCAUCGGUGGCGCGCUCUCGUUCCUCAUCUCUGGCAUGACCCCAAGGACUGGCAUAUUCUUCUUCUCGUUCGCGACCAUCAAGACCGUCGACGACCACUGUGGUCUGUGGCUUCCUGGGAACAUCCUCCAUGUAUUCUUCAGCAACAACAGCGCUUACCAUGACAUCCACCAUCAGCUCUACGGCAACAAGUACAACUUCUCUCAGCCCUUCUUUGUCAUGUGGGACAAGAUCCUUGGAACAUACAUGCCUUACACUCUGGAGACCCGCAAGGGAGGUGGUCUCGAGGCGCGCCCGGUUAAGCUCAACCAAGCACAGCAGACCAAGGCUGAUUGAGCAGUGUGGUUUCUCCUGUUUAUCUACUACUUCCCCUGAUUUUUUCCCCUUCUGACUGCAUUUGUACUGUAGAAGUAUUUCCUGUCCAUAUAGUAAAAUCAUUUAGGCAAAUGCCAUGUUGUACCCAACAGAUAUAGCAAAUAAAACAUCUUGUUAAUGGAGAUCCAUUGAUGUUUGUU